UGAAUCAAUGAUACAACAACGGAAAGGCGUCUCUUCCGUGAUGUGAUGGUCAGUAGUUGGACUGGGUGACUGCCUUUGAUCUCUUCAUCUCGAACUCAACCGGCCCCGGAGCAGGUCAGCCGCUCAGUCCGCCACAAGCGACCGUGGUGAUUUGCCGCUGUUUCGUCAGUACAGGCCUCAGAUAACAGGAUCACCGGUGAAACCGGAACACCGGAAGUCCCGGGCCACUUGUACGUCGCACCGAACUUCGUCGCUCAUGAUGGCUGCAGCUAUGGACGUGGACACACCGAGCGGCACGAACAGUGGAGCUAGCAAGAAGCGGUUCGAAGUGAAGAAGUGGAAUGCCGUGGCGCUGUGGGCCUGGGACAUUGUGGUGGAUAACUGCGCCAUCUGUCGGAACCACAUCAUGGAUCUCUGUAUAGAGUGUCAGGCCAACCAAGCCUCUGCGACCUCUGAGGAGUGCACUGUAGCCUGGGGUGUCUGCAAUCAUGCCUUCCAUUUCCACUGUAUUUCCCGCUGGCUGAAGACCAGACAGGUGUGCCCUCUGGACAACAGAGAGUGGGAGUUUCAGAAAUAUGGACACUAGCUGUAUUAUUGUUAAAGCCUUCAUUUGCUUCGACAUGCGUCACCAUCACUUCUUCUCCGAUCCCUACCACAAUUUUUAGCCCAUGUCUUUGUUUUGGUAUGUUGUAAGUACACAAAUAAACGUGAAUAUUGUCACAAUA